AUGGCAAAUCUGAGCCACCCUUCCGAAUUUGUCCUCUUGGGCUUCUCGUCUUUUGGUGAGCUGCAGGUUCUGCUCUAUGGGCCCUUCCUCAUGCUUUAUGUUCUCGCCUUCAUGGGAAACAUCAUCAUCAUAGGUCUGGUCAUAGCUGAUGCCCACCUUUGGACUCCCAUGUACUUCUUCCUGGGCAAUUUCUCCCUGCUGGAGAUCUUGGUGACCACGACCUCAGUGCCCAGAAUGCUCUCAGACCUGCUGGCCCCCCACAAGGUAAUCUCCUUUAGAAGCUGCCUGGUCCAGUUCUACUUCUACUUUUCCCUGGGUUCCACCUCCUUUCUCAUCCUUUCAGACAUGGCCCUCGACCGCUUUGUGGCCAUCUGCCACCCACUGCGCUAUGGCGUUUUGAUGAGGUGGGCUGUGUGUGUGCGGCUGGCAGGGGCUGCCUGGGCAGCUCCCUUCCUAGCCAUGGUGCCCACAGUCCUCUCCCGAGCUCACCUCAACUAUUGCCAUGGCAACGUCAUUAACCACUUCUUCUGUGACAAUGCACCUCUGCUGCAGCUGUCCUGCUCAGACACCAGCCUGUUGGAAUUCUGGGACUUCCUGCUGGCCUUGGCCUUUGUCCUCAGCUCCUUCCUGGUAACCCUCAUCUCCUACGGCUACAUUGUGAGCACGGUGCUGCGGAUCCCCUCUGCCAGCGGCCGACAGAAGGCGUUCUCGACGUGUGGGUCUCACCUCACCUUGGUCUUCAUUGGCUACAGCAGCACCAUCUUCCUGUACGUUAGGCCUGGCAAGGCACACGCUGUGGACGUCAACAAGACCAUAGCCUUGGUGACAUCAGUCCUCACUCCCUUUCUCAACCCCUUUAUCCUCACCCUCCGCAAUGAGACGUUCAAGGCAGUGCUACGGGGACAGACGCAGAGGCUGAAAGGCCUCCACAAGGCCCUACACUGA